AUGUGGCAGGCACUAGCUGGAGCAUUAGCAGUAUCAGAGAGGCUUGGGACUCGGGGUAUAAACAUUGAUGCCACUUGUAUGAUGUGUCUUGCACAGCCAGAGACCAUUAACCAUGUUCUGUUUCACUGCCCUGUUGCGAAAGAAGUGUGGAGAAUAUCAGGGUUUCCUACUCCACCUGCAGGGGCAGAGGAGUUAUGGGAGAAGAUUCAACUAGAUGCUGAGGCUUGGCGGGCUGCUAACAUACCUGACAAGGAAGACAUAAACCAGAUGUCGGGAGUAGCUUCUCUUUCGUGCUGGCAGAAGCCGUGUCCAAGUUUCAUCAAGUGUAAUAUUGGAUCGUCCUGGAUUGAUGCAAGUUGUAACUGUAAAGUAGCUUGGUUGACAAGGAACCAUUAUGGAGUGUCUUUGGCUCACAGUCGCCGCUCAUACUCUGUUGUAACAUCGCCACUGGAGGCUGAGUUAUUGUGUUUCUACUGGGCUGUAGAAAGUCUCUCAACUAUGAGGUAUGAAAAGGUGGUUUUCGAAUCUACUUCUUACUUGGCGGGAGAAGCAAUUUUAAAUCCUGAGAAUUUUCCUCAUUUGAGUGGUCUGAUUGGAGCUAUUAGAGAAAAGCUCUCUUUGCUCGGGCUGUGGUCUAUAGCUUAUGUUCACAAAGAGGCAAACCGAUGUGCCGAUGCUAUCGCUCUUAGUGUUACAAGAGAUCAUCGCUAUACUUCUUAUAUUGCGAAGGAUGGACCUGGAUGGUUGCUACCGAUGAUUCUUGAAGAUGCGGUUGGAGCGUAUGAUGAUUACUAA